UCUAGGACCUCCUUCUCUGACACUCUGGUCGAGAGCCAUGCUGCCCUUCGCGCGCAUUGCGGCGAGCACCGCGCGGCGGCAGUGCGCAUCCAGGUUCUUCUUCCAUGACCCAUCUGCCCUGGAGCCGGUGCUGAUUGGCUUCAGUGCCGAACCGCAGAGGCGCAUCGCCAGCGUGAUGGAGAUGGGACGCAUCAGGUCGGCGCUGCAGAGCCGGCUUGGACUGCAAGCGGCAGUGGAAAAGGCGGCAGAAGCCAUGGAGGCGGCGCAAGAAGUCUUCGGUAUUUGGAUCUUGAAUCGUCAGAAGAGGCUGUUCCGCGGUGUCCAUGGCAACCUGAAUCCAUCGCUUUGGCGCUGGUACCAUCGCCACGGCUACUGGGCCACGCGGCGGAAGAUCAUCGACUUCGGCACCAAGAGGGCCCAUCGUUACAAUCAAGUGGAAGGCUUUGGCAAGCGAAGUGAAGGCUACAUGCGGAAGUUCGCGGCAUGGUUCGGGCUCCCGGCCAUCUCCUUUGUUGGUUCGGUAUUUUGCUUCGCCCGUUGUCCGGCCUUUGAUGGCUUGGCCGUUGCUUCAGGUGGUGUGACAAGUCCUACUAUCGGCCCUUAAAGAACUACAGCCGCUUCUGAACACAUGGACCGACUACGUCCGGUCGAGAGGUCGGAUCUCAGAAGUCGGGUGCCAGAUGCUUCCUCAUGCUUUGCAAGUCCUAAACUCUUUAGGUUCAAAGUUCCAGAAGUCAUUUUUGAGGGAUGGGGUUUUAAUGAACUGCGUGCAAACAAUGUGCAUGUUUGCUUAUUUUUGCUAAGAAUUCAGAUGAGGGCUUGGUAAAAGAUGUUCUUUUCCCGCUGCUGAAUCAUUCUGAUUUAAAAUCAAAGCAUUGUGACACGCUAUUUGGAAAGACAAUUGUACAUAUGUUGGAUUGGACAUGUUGGAACAUGGGUCACAGACUUGGCUGACCUAAAUAAAGCAAGAAUAGAUUACACUUACACACUCACACAGACACCAAACAUGAAGAGAACGGUCUAAUGGGGAGUUUCAUGGAUCGUCACUUGUCAUUCUCCCUUUGGGAUAAGAUGGAAGAGGCGUUUGAAAAGACACUGUACUUGGCAAAUUGGGAGAGAUCCGAG